AGCUUUUUAUAUGGACACUAUCAGUGGCCUUAAGGAGCUGUGUUAUUUGUACCAAAACGUUUACACUUCAAUAACUUUUAAACGGCUGUCGAGGAGGAGCUAGCGGACCGAUACAUCUUGUUAAUGCAAGGUUCCCCACAUGCAUUUGCAAGUUCAGCGCUAGCGCGACUCAGGCCUAUUGAAGCCGCUUGUACAGCACGGAAUUUGGUAGCGUCUAAAACAUCCCCAAUAAAUGGUAACAUUCCUAGUCUUCAUAACGAUAUGUCGAGGUUUUCCACUCUUAGUAGGAUUGAGGGCGCGGCGAUUGGCAAAGACCUUACGCACGGUACAAAGUACACUCAAGCACCUCCAGUUGUCAACCCUAAUCACUCUUUUUUUCUCGCUAGUUGAAAAUUUGGGAUUCCACCGCAUAUAUUCUUAAGCUGGAGUAAACUGUAAUGAAUGAAGCCACUGGGGUGGCUCAAACCGAUAACGAUGUCCCUCAUGCACCUUAUACAUGUAGCACGCCCC